CUCUAGUCUCGACGAUGUCCUCUGAUGUUUUGGCUAAGGAGGCUGCCAUGAGGAAACGAAUAAUCUAAAGGGCGGAAAAAAGGGAGUAAUUCCUCUGUCGCACGAGUGGCUACGAAGGCAUUGUGUAUAUCCAGAAUGCGUGUCGUGGGAUUGGUGUCUGGUGGGAAGGACAGCUGCUAUAACCUCCUGCAGUGUGUUGCAGCUGGACAUCAAAUUGUGGCACUGGCCAAUCUAGCUCCUGGCCAUGGAGAUGAGUUGGACAGCUACAUGUACCAGAGUGUGGGACACAUGGGGGUGGCCAUGUACGCAGAGGCAGUGGGUGUGCCACUGUACCGCCGCAUUAUACAAGGCUCCUCCAUCACCACUACCAAGACCUACAACCCAACGGAAGGGGACGAAGUGGAGGACCUCUAUUUGCUCCUGAAGGAAGUGCAGGAAAAAUGUUCAAUUGAAGCAGUGAGCGUUGGUGCGGUAUUGUCUGAUUACCAGAGAAUACGUGUGGAAAAUGUUUGUAGUAGACUAGGCCUCGUCUGUUUAGCAUACAUGUGGCGGAGAGACCAGUCGGAAUUAAUACGAGAGAUGGUGGACUGUGGCAUAGAUGCUAUUAUAAUUAAGGUGGCUGCUAUUGGCCUUGAACCAAGAAAACACCUGGGAAAAUCUAUUAGUCAAAUGAUAACUUAUUUAGAAAAAAUGAAAGACAAAUACAGUUUAAAUGUAUGCGGUGAAGGAGGUGAAUAUGAAACCUUUACCUUGGACUGCCCAAUUUUUAGAAAACGGAUUGUUGUGAAAGAUACAGAACUAGUGGAGACAUCAGGCGAUGUUGGUUAUCUUAAUUUUACAUCAUUAGAGCUUGUUGAUAAGGAAAUACCAGAUGAUGUCACCCAGAUGGAACUAGUAAGGGCAGCGGGUGUGCGAGAUUCUCAGGAGUUCUUGGGAGACCUGAAGCUGCCAGAGGAAGAACAGCAAGCAGAAGACCAAGCCAAGGAACUCAAUCUGGAAGAGGACGACCUGUCUUCAACCAGCUAUCAGAAUUUUGAUGCUGGUCACAAUCCAGUAAUGCAACUACCAGAUACCUUAAGUUACCGAGUUGUCCGUACCACAACUGGCUUUACUUUUGCUGGUAGUUUCUCCGGCAGUACGAUGGACGAUGUUAUUGCCAGCUUAAAAGAAAGUCUUCAAGAUGAGGAGAUGGAAUUACAUCACUUGAUUAGUGUGAAGAUGUACGUACAAGAUAUGAAUGAUUAUGUACAACUUAAUUCUCAAUACAUCAAACACUUCUCAGUCAGUCCUCCUGUUAGAGUUUGUGUAGAGGUCCCUCUCUCAAAUAAUGUACAAGUACAACUAGAUGUUUCUGGAUGGAAACAAAGCCACGUAACAACUGACAAGGAGCCAGAGAAGAUACAACCUACCUCACGAUCCACAAUGCAUGUUCAGGGCAUCUCACACUGGGCGCCUGCUAACAUAGGACCAUAUAGCCAAGCAGUGAAGGUUGGUAGUGUAGUCGUGGUGGCUGGGAUGAUUGGCUUGGUGCCUGGCACUCUUCAAGUUGUAAAUGGUGGUGUUGAAGUGGAAGCACGACUUGCCCUGCGUCAUGUGUCCAGAGUUAUUUCUGCAAUUGCUCCCUCAACCGAUAUAAGAGCUGUAGUGCAGGUAAGUGGAGGUUUUGGAGUGUGAUUGAUAUGUUUUAUGUUGUAAUCUUGAGUUUGUUUCGUUAUUUGUAUGUGGAUUAUUUUCAUAUUUAGAAAUUUGAAAUGUGUAGGAGGAUGCAGAGGCAGCAACAAAAUGGUACUCACUUAAAUGAUGGUUAUAGUAUUUCCUCUCCCUCUCCUUCCCAUUCUCUACAUUUUCUUCU